AUGGACCCCGCGGCCUCCGCUUCCCCUUCGUUCGACGCCCGCGUCCAAGGCAGCAGCUUCCAGCCGCUCAACCCAGAAGACGUGCGCGCAUACCUCUACAAGGCUGCCGACUUCAUCACGGAUUACUACACCAGCGUCGAGUCCAUGCCGGUUCUCCCCGACGUGAAACCCGGCUACCUACGGGACGAGCUGAGGGCGUCCCCGCCACAACACUCGGCUCCCUUCGACGUCACCAUGAAGGAGCUGAGGACAUCCGUCGUCCCCGGGAUGACGCACUGGGCUAGCCCCAGUUUCUUCGCGUUUUUCCCGUCCACCAACAGCGCCGCAGCCAUCGCGGGGGAGCUGAUCGCUUCGGCCAUGAACACCGUAGGGUUCACGUGGCAGGCGGCUCCCGCGGCCACCGAGAUGGAGGUGCUCGUGCUCGACUGGCUCGCCCAGCUCCUGCGCCUGCCAACCAGCUUCAUGAACCGCACCAGCGUGGGGCGUGGCACCGGCGGCGGUGUCAUCCUCGGGACCACUAGCGAAGCCAUGCUCGUCACGCUUGUUGCUGCGCGUGACGCGGCGCUGCGUCAGAUUGCCUCCAAUGGCAUGUCCUACAUCACAAGGCUCACGGUGUACGCUACCGACCAGACACACUCCACGUUCUUCAAGGCAUGCCGCCUUGCCGGCUUCGACCCUGCCAACCUCCGAUCCAUUCCCACUGGGCCGGAGACGGACUACGGGCUUGACCCGGCGAAGUUGCUCGAGAUCAUGCAGCUUGACUUCGAUGCUGGUCUCGUGCCAACCGCAUGCAUCUGUCCGGAGUUUCGGCACCACAUCGACGGUGUUGAGCGCGUGGACUCCAUCAGCAUGAGCCCGCACAAGUGGCUGCUCACCUGCCUUGACUGCACCUGCUUGUGGGUGCGCGACACGAACCGCCUCACAGACGCGCUGGAGACGAACCCGGAGUACCUCAAGAAUGACGCUACUGAGUCUGGCGAGGUCAUUGAUCUCAAGGAUAUGCAAGUUGGUGUGGGCCGCCGCUUUCGAGGGCUCAAGCUUUGGAUGGUGAUGCGCACAUAUGGCACCGCCAAGCUUCAGCAGCACAUCCGAAGCGAUGUCGCGAUGGCCAAGGCGUUCGAGGACCUUGUACGUGCCGAUGACCGGUUUGAGAUUGUAGUGCCGAGAAACUUCGCCCUCGUAUGCUUCAGGAUCAGAGCAAGAGGAACCAUGACGGAGGAAGCCACCGAUGAGGUGAACCGUGUGCUGAUUAACCGGCUCAACAUGUCCGGGAAGGCCUACCUAGCGCACACCGUGGUUGGCAACAGAUUCGUUCUACGGUUCGCGGUGGGGUCGUCGCUGCAGGAGGAUCGGCACGUGAGAAGCGCUUGGGAGCUCAUAAAGAAAACAACGGCCGAGAUCAUCGAUGGGGAGGAGAUCGUACAAUAA